AUGGUUCGUGACCGACUGCAUGUUGGGGUCAUUGGGGCCGGGUUAGGAGGACUCGCUGCUGCAAUAGGUAUUGCACGAGCAGGACAUCAAGUCACAAUACUCGAGCAGGCAGCUGUACUCGGAGAGUUCAAGCUGAUGACAGCGACAGAUUGGUGCCGGCAUCCAGAUCCCCCCAAUGCUUCACGAAUACUAUAUCACUAUGGCCUGCUUGAAAAGAUCGAGGCGGUCGCGGUGCGACCCAAAGCCUUCAUGAUCCGCUCGUACAGCGAUGGAAAAAUCCUCAAUUACCUAGAAAUGUAUCGGUACGCGGAAAGGAGAUACGGAUAUCCUUACCUUCACAUUCAUCGGGCCGAUUAUCACAGGAUACUGGUAGAAGAAGCUACACGACUUGGCGUAGAUCUACGGCUAGGCUCAUCCGUGACCAGUAUCGACUUCGAAGCCUCUAGUGUUCAACUUCGAGGCAAGCCCAGCUUUCACGCAGACCUAUUACUCGGCUGUGAUGGCCUGAAAUCGGUUUGCCGAGAGGCGCUGCUGGGAAGACCUGACCCUCCACUCCUUACGGGUGACCUGGCCUACCGUAUUGUUAUCAAGGUCGAAGACAUGAAACAACAUCCGGAUCUCAGAGAACUGGUUGAGAAGCCAUUCAUACACUAUUGGUUGGGUCCAAACAGUCACGUAGUCCUCUACCUACUCCAAGGAGGAGACCUUUGCAACAUCGUCCUCAUCAGCCCAGACAAUCUACCCGAUCUCGUGAACACAGCGAAGGCAGAUGUACAGGAGAUGAUGGACUUUUUCCAGGACUGGGACCCCAAACUGAGGAAGGUGCUUGGGCUUGUACAAGAAACGACGAAAUGGCGGCUGCAAAAUAGUGAGGAGAUGGACAGUUGGACACAUUCUAGCGGCAGAUUUGCACUGCUGGGAGAUGCAUGCCAUGCCACUCUGCCAUACCUUGCACAAGGCGCGGCCCAGGCAGUCGAAGACGGCGCAGUUAUCGGCCGCCUCUUCGAACAUAUCAAAGAGCGCUCGCAGAUUCCUGCCGUUCUCAAGAUCUAUGAAGAACUUCGCAAGAACCGAACAACAUGUGUAGUGCGAGGCAGUACAAGCCUUCGAGAUGUCUUCCACAUGGAGGACGGUCCAAGGCAACGGGAGCGCGACCAGCAGUUACUCGAGAGCGAACCCUUUGAAGGUUAUCCCAAUCCGUGGGCUGAUCCUGUGUAUCAAGCAUGGCUAUUUGGGUAUGAUGCUUUCAGGGAGGCUGACGAGGCUUGGGGGACAUGGAAGGAGAAGGGGAUUGAGAACAGAGAGAUGAAAAUUAGGCCGAAUUUGUGA